GUCCACGACCCGCACGCAGGACUCACCCCGCGACUCCCCGUGAUUACUCACCCCGAGUAAAAGUCACACGUCCGCACUGAGUGUUUCUUACCCCACAAAAUCUCAACUAGACUUAACGAAUUCGAUCGAAAAACACUAGAUACGUUGGGAAUAGAUGAAACAACUUGUGAAUGAAAGUGCAGCUGCACUUGUGUCAAAUCGACUGGCCUCCCCCACUCUCUGGUGUGGCUGGACAAAAGGCAGCAACUACUAAAAUCCUUUGUGUCUAGUUCACUGAUAUAUUGGACGAUGCACACGGCCGCGAGUCACUCAACUGCCAGUUGAUCGAUGCGAGUAGUGACAGUAAGGCAGGAUCAGACGAGGCCUGAAGUGAUUGUUAUCCUUUUAUUUGUGAAGUUGGGGGUGUGGGGUUAUGGUACGGCUCAACGGGCUACCCACCAACGUGCUGGAAAGAUAAGGGUAACGGAGAAUGGGUGACAUGAAGAAUCUCACACUGGGCAGUGCAUCGAGGUACAAUGGUGAAGAGCAAGUACAGUUCAUUGCUGAGGGGGCGCACCAGGUGACAAUCAGAUCACCACCUCCAGCACUUCAUCUGGAGAAUCUGAAUAAUGCAGUUCUCAGCGGUUCCCAAAAUAACCUUCACUGCAGCUGUAACGGCACAGCAUCGUCUAAUGGCAAUGCAACUGGCUGUGCUACGGGUGGUUUAGCCCGUAAAGUACAGAAUCACACGGGCAUUAGUCCUGGCCAGGUGAAUAAGAAGCCGGUGGUGGCACUGACACACUUGCCAAGGAGACCGCCAGUCGACAUAGAGUUCAAAGACUUGGCCUAUAGCGUUUCAGAGGGCAGGCAAAGAGGGUAUAAAACUAUAUUGAAAUGCGUGACUGGAAAGGUCAGGUCGGGCGAGUUGACGGCGAUAAUGGGACCCUCGGGGGCUGGAAAGAGUACUCUCAUGAAUGUCCUCGCAGGAUACAAGACCUCCAACCUCAACGGCUCGAUCCUGAUAAACGGGAAGGAGCGCAAUCUCCGUCACUUCCGGAAGACCUCCUGCUACAUAAUGCAGGACGACCGGCUGCUGCCGCACCUGACGGUCCACGAGGCGAUGACAGUCUCGGCGAAUCUCAAGCUGGGGAAGGACAUCGACGCAGCGGGGAAGAAGGUCCUCAUCGAGGAGAUCAUCGACACCCUGGGGCUCUCGGACGCCAGCAACACCCAGACCCAGUCGUUGAGUGGUGGCCAACGGAAGCGGUUGUCAAUAGCCCUGGAGUUGGUCAACAAUCCCCCAGUCAUGUUCUUUGACGAGCCGACUUCAGGCCUGGACAGCUCCUCCUGCUUCCAGUGCCUCAGCCUCCUGAAGUCUCUUUGCAGAGGUGGAAGGACCAUUAUCUGCACGAUCCACCAGCCCAGUGCGAGACUUUUCGAGAUGUUCGACAAUCUGUAUCUGCUCGCUGAAGGCCAGUGUAUUUAUCAAGGAAAUGUUCACGGUCUAGUGCCAUUUCUAUCGUCAAUGGGCCUCGAUUGCCCCAGCUAUCACAAUCCAGCUGAUUUUGUGAUGGAAGUGGCAUCGGGAGAGCACGGAGAGUGCGUGGAGAAGCUGGUGACUGCCGUUAAUAAUGGAAAAUGCAAUAAUUACCAGAAUUAUCAGACGAAUUUUUUGACACACGCGGUAUCGAAUGAUAUCGCCAAACAGUCACCUCCGGAUGAGGUGAAAGAGGGAAAGGCUGAGAGCCUGAUACCCAAUGGAGUUUCCAAGGGGCCACCUGGGACAGUCCUGAAUAUGCCAGUGUCGUGUACCACUUCCUUGUUGGAUAGUGCUGAGAGCAUUGAACAGAAGGUCGGCUUUCCAACUAAUGGCUGGACGCAGUUCUGGAUUUUGUUGAAGAGAACUUUUUUGUCGCAGAUGAGGGAUAUGACAUUAACGCGGGUGAGAUUGAUAUCUCACAUAAUCGUUGGAUUUCUCAUUGGUGCUCUGUACUACGACAUCGGUAAUGAAGGUGCUGAGGUCUACAGCAAUGCUGGCUGUGUCUUCUUCACUGUCAUGUUCUUGAUGUUCACCGCCAUGAUGCCAACAAUUCUCACGUUUCCUAUGGAGAUGUCUGUGUUCGUGAGGGAGCAUUUGAAUUACUGGUACUCGCUGAAAUCGUUCUACCUCGCAAGAACAAUUUCUGAUCUACCAUUCCAAACUGUGUUCUCGAUAGCCUACGUCAUGAUUGUUUACUUCAUGACAUCUCAACCAUUGGAAACAUACAGAUUCUUAAUGUACCUCAAUAUUUGCGUACUGACAGCACUCGUCUCACAAUCCAUUGGAUUGUUGAUUGGGGCUUCAAUGAGUGUUGAGAGUGGAGUAUUCAUCGGUCCAGUAUCAACAGUUCCCAUAAUCCUCUUCUCCGGAUUUUUCAUAAAAUACACCGCAAUGCCAUCGUACUUGAGCUGGUUGUCCUAUCUAUCCUUCAUUCGUUACGGUUUUGAGGGAGCAAUGCUAACAGUCUUUGGAUACAACAGACCACGAUUGAAAUGCCGCGAGGCUUACUGCCACUACAGAGAGCCAAAGAAAUUCCUCGAGGAAAUGGCAAUGGACAAAUCAGCUUACUGGCUCGACGCUGUUGCCCUCCUUGCCAUGCUCAUUGUCCUAAGGUUUUCCACGUAUUUUGUACUCAAACUGAAGAUAAGAUCACUGCGCUAGGGAGAACAUUUGCCAUGCAUAUAGGAUAAUCAAAUUAAAUAGGCGAUGAAGUGGUAAAAUUGAAUGGGACCAAAUUUGUUUCCAUUAUUCUCCGAAUAUCUCGGAAAUUAUUGAGUUGAGAGAAAAAGUUGACUGAACAUUUUUUGUAAAUAAUUAAAUUUGCUAUAGAAAAAGAUUGCUGAAGUUUUUGUCUAAACCCAACGGUUUCUGAGAUAUUUACGAAAUAGUGGGAACAGACAUUUUGAGCGUGUGAGUCAAAAUGUUUCAGGUUUUUUGUUGACAUCUCGGAAACAAUUUGGGUUAAAGAGAAAUGUCAGAGGAACUUUUUUGUAGAUGAUAAAGUAUGGAAAAAUGUGAAUAAGAAAAUCUAUUGCACUCUUGCACAAAUUUUCUUGGAUUUCUAGUGGAAUUCUGUUAAAAUUUCCUGCAGAAUUACAAUAGAAUUCCACUAUUGAACUAUUUCUACUAGACUAGAGAUAAUGCAACUUUGUCAUGCCAAUAGAUUUUUAUUUUUCUGUAUGAAUUUUCCUCUUGAAUUUUAUCCCUUAUAAAUUCUUGGUUAAAAAUUUUUUACCUUUUUUCCGUUUUAUUUUUUCCUCUUUCAGAAUACUCAUUCUGUUCAGAAUCCAAUAAAAUAAAACGUAAAACAAAGCCCAUGAAUUCAGGAGCGAAGCGGUAAAACUUAACGUCGUUUUUUUACUAUUGUCAGUUUUC